AGCAAGAAGCUAAGCUAGUGCUGAGGAAGAACAAGAAAAUGUGCGAUGGCUUCAGUGUGUUGUUUCACUUCAUCACUUGUUCCUCUACAUCGCCCCAUUCAUCAAUUCUCUUCAUUUCUCACAAUCCCAAAUAACAAAAAUACAUCUGCAACUGCAACUGCCAUUGUUCCUUCAACCUCAAUGAAGAACUCAAAGACCGUGUGGAUAUGGACCACUACCCAGCACGUCAUGACUUCUGCUCUUGAGAGAGGAUGGAACACUUUCCUCUUCUCCUCUCCCCAUCAAAACCUUGCUCACCAUUGGUCCUCCGUUGCAGUAAUAUUCCCCCUUUUUGUUGGUGAAGGAGAGAUUUUGGAUGGACAAGGUAAAAGGGUAGCCUCAGUCAUUGAUGUUUCGACUCCAGAGGAACUAGAGCGCCUUAGACCUGAGGAUGAGCAAUCAGAGAACAUUGUAGUUAAUCUGUUGGAUUGGCAGGUAAUACCUGCAGAGAAUAUAAUCGCCGCAUUUCAUAACAGCCAGAAGAGAGUGUUUGCGAUCUCCAACAGUACAUCCAAAGCCAAGAUUUUUCUUGAGGCACUUGAACAUGGUUUAGAUGGAAUAGUCUUAAAAGUAGAAGAUGUCGAACAUGUUCUUGAGCUAAAGGAAUAUUUUGACAAAAGAGCCGAAGAAAGCAAUCUACUGAGCUUGACCAAAGCCACCGUGACACGCAUUCAGGUGGCUGGAAUGGGGGAUCGUGUUUGUGUAGAUCUUUGCAGUCUUAUGAAACCUGGUGAAGGACUUAUGGUUGGAUCUUUCGCUAGAGGAUUAUUUCUUGUUCACUCAGAAUGCUUGGAAUCAAAUUAUAUUGCAAGCAGGCCUUUUCGGGUGAAUGCUGGACCAGUACAUGCCUAUGUUGCUGUUCCUGGAGGAAGAACGUGCUACCUGUCAGAACUGAAAUCAGGAAAAGAAGUUAUUGUAGUUGAUCAGCAGGGCCGGCAACGAGUCGCAAUUGUCGGGCGUGUUAAGAUAGAGACUAGACCGCUAAUCCUCGUGGAGGCAAAGAGAGACUCAGAUAGUCAAACUGUCAGCAUCCUUUUGCAGAAUGCAGAAACCGUAGCCUUGAUUUGUCCGCCGCAAGGUGAAGCCCUGUCAAAAACAGCUGUUCCGGUGACAUCACUCAAAGUCGGAGACGAAAUUCUGUUACGAGUGCAAGGAGGGGCUCGGCAUACAGGAAUAGAGAUUCAAGAAUUCAUACAGGGGAGGAACUAGAAGCAAUUGGUUUUGCCGGGUGGCGAACCAAGCAGCGAAAGGGUGCACCUCUGAGUUCCAAGACAUGGAACGGUUCAGGCCUUGAUCAAGAGUGUUAUGAAGCUGAGAGUUAACAGAUUGUUACAGGCUAUUACAUGCUUUAUACCUUCAUCAAUCAUCAUGAUUUUAAUGUUACAAAAAAAUGUGUUAGUAAAUAAUUUCUUAGAAAAAGUGUAUCUUACGCCUGAAACUAGAAGCUCGUUUUUAUUUAUUUAUUGAUUUUAGUUUACG